GACAAGUCUGACUGAGAAGCAUCACUGGCGCAAUGUCGCCUGAAGAGAAAAUCCUUACAGCACUUGACAAUGACGGGUUUGUGGUGGUACCAGGUCUCAUACCGCCCAACCUUCUCGAACCGCUCCGUGAAAGUGCGAAGCGAGCGAUCGAUCGAGCUCGCGACGACAGCGCCGUCAGUUGGGAUCAUGUCCGUCUGGUCGGAAAACAGUUCCCCCCAUGGCCAAAGCGGGUGCGAGAGGAUGUAUGGGGGGUGCAACACAUAAUGAAGCCUGAAAUGAACGAACAUGUCUUUGUUUCCUGGUACGCAAGUGAAGCACUGAUCAAAAUUGUGAAAACAAUCCUGGGGUGUCAAGAAGAAGAGCUUCAAAUGGAGCUGCUAGGAUUGCUGAUCAACCCGACGAAAACAGCCUUCUCCUUGAUUUGGCACAGGGAUACUAUACCUCCCGAGACUUCGGACCAGGACGAGAAGAAGCUCCUGCAAGCCCCACGGGUUGGAACACAAUGGAACACUGCUUUGUACGCUGAUUCGUGCUUGAUGGUGGUUCCCGGAUCCCAUAACCGGGUUAGAACGCAUCAAGAACGAGAUAUUACUAUACACAACCCGCGUGAUCCUCUGGAAGGGGAGCUGCGAGUUGAUCUUCAACCGGGCGAUACUGUCUUCUACGACAACAACAUUCUCCAUCGAGGAGUCUACGGAACCACACCUGUACGUGCAACUCUUCACGGCUGCAUCGGUACGACAGGUGCUGGUCCUGAGCGGGCUCGUAAUAUACUGCAACAUGACAUGAACUGGGUGCGCGACGUGCAAUAUACUGGGCGGCUCGAGAGGAUGCGGUUGAACUUGAUCCGCAUGGCAGAAAGCGUCGGAGCCGAUGAUCUAGGAUACAGCUUGAGUGGAUAAGAGAGUGGCCAUAGCCUUUACAUAGGGCAGCGUAUAUACC